CGCGAAAAGAACAACCUUUCUUUACCUGGUCCUCCAACCGAUAUUCCUGACACGUGGAUUCCUUUUCCUAUUUUGCACUCCUCGUUCCCUCGAUAUGCGGGCAAGCUGCAAACACCAGCGGAACCUGAGACCGAAAUGUGAGCUCAAAAUGCGAAUAAUCGCUCUCUCUCCUCCGGUCUUGGAACCUCUCCAGUAGCUGAGGGGAAUUGAAAGGAGCAGGAAGUACCCCCGCAGGACAAAAGACCGAGGAGGCGGGAAGGAGACGGAUCAUCAGGCCAUGUUUCCUCUCCGCCUUUGGGCCUUGUGUUAACCCCCCCUACUUAUGUCCAAAGGAAAUGGAAAUUUCUUUUUCCCACUGCCUGUCUGUGUUUCAAACAAGAACCCCCACUGCUUUUGCCUACAGGGUACUUCGACAUUCCUCCCAUGAACGGACUGGGAACAGAACGAACUGCCUCUCCGAUUCUUUAUCUUUCUUCCCCGUCCACGGCCCGAAGCGCCCCCACAAGAAUAAAAAUAAAAAUAACGUCAGCAGGUUCUCAUUUCUGCGUGGCCGAGCUGGGCGAGCUGUUGUUUUGAGCCGAGUUUUCUAUGCCUUCGACCCCCCCCUUCGAUAUAGUUCCCCCGCACAAAGGAAUUGGCUGCGGCUCUCUACUUCGGUGUUAGCCGGGUAUAUAGUUAUACCCACCCGCGCGGCACCAAAAUUGCCAUCUCAUAUUAUUCUAUUGAAAAAAAGAUCAACUAAAUUAAAUCUGAGGAGAGAAAGUGGUAGUGGGUGAGCAUGUUCUAGCU